CCAAAUGUCUGGGUGGCUGCCCUGAUAAUGCCCAGUGCAAGAUGGUGCAAGGAAGGGCGCAGUGCCAGUGCAAUCAGGGGUUCAAAAUGGACACGAGCAAGAACAUGUGCACACGUUAUAAUGUGGCAGGCAUAUGUACGUCUGGCUGCCCCGAUAAUGCCCAGUGCAAGAUGGUGCAAGGAACGCCGCAGUGCCAGUGCAAGCAGGGGUUCAAAAUGGACAAGAGCAAGAACAAGUGCACAC